AUGGGUCCAUCCGCUGGCGAAAACGCCCAUGAAACGGAUCAAGAGAGUCGCUACUGCUCAUUGAUAGAUUUCGAUGCAGAUGACCCCGACCUUCCGCUGAAUUGGUCCUUCUCCCGGAAGAUAUGGGUUACCUCGAUGGUGGCCAUCCUGAACUUGAUCGGGACAAUUGCUAGUAGCAUCUUUGGCACUGGAAUCAAAGAGUUCAUGCAGGAAUUCAACGUUAGCAAUGAAAUUGCCGUUCAGGGAACGACGUUAUUCUUAGCGGGAUACAUUUUUGGAUUCCUGAUCUUCGGUCCCCUCUCUGAGCGUUUCGGCCGUAAAUGGCCCAUGCUAAUAGGCAUCACUGCAUCCUCUCUCUUCGAUCUGAUGCCCGCACUAGGCACCAACGUCGCUACCGUUCUCAUCGGCCGGUUCUUCGGCGGUCUCUUUGGAGUAGCGCCAGUUGCCAUUUUUGGCGGAGUGCUCAGCGAUUGCUGGCCUCUCGCACAGCGUGGCAUCGCCAUGGCAUUGGCGGUGUCGCUGGUAUUUUCCGGCCCUACCUGGGGCCCGGUAUGCGGGGGGUUCAUAAUGGGAUCUCCGUCCCUUGGCUGGAGAUGGACUAUGUGGGUCGUUGUCAUUAUCGGACUGGGCUUUACACUCCUUUGUGUGCUCCUUUACCCCGAGACGUAUCCUCCUGUGAUCCUACGGGCCAAAGUACAGGCUCUGCGAAGGAAGAAUGGGAAUCUGAAUAUCAGGACUGCAUUGGAUAAGGGGGGGUUGAGCAUACAGGACAUUAUGAGUGUUUAUUUGGUCCGACCAUUCUGGCUCCUAGCAACCCAACCAAUCCUCGCUCUUUUAACCUUAUACCAGUCCUUCGUCUACGGUGUGAUGUUCCUCUUCUACCAAAUGUACCCGGUCGCCUUCGGGGACGACCGCAACUGGACUACAAGCCUAAAAUAUCUGCCACUUUUAGCGAUUAUCACAGGCACCUUCGUAGGAGCACUUGGCAUCGUUCUCCACAACCAACUCUACUUCCGCCAUCACUGCCACAAUCCAGAUGGUACGUAUAUCCCCGAAUCCCGUCUCCCGCCCAUGAUCGUUGGAUGCGUAAUGGUCCCGGCAGGAAUGUUCUGGUUCGCCUGGACAGCGUCGCCAGACAACGUUUCAUGGGCGAGCCCUAUCUGUGCGAGUUUCAUGACCGGGUGUGGAAUGUACCUGCUCUUUAUCCAGGGAUGGAAUUAUAUAAUUGAUUGCUAUACGAGUAUGGCGAAUAGUGCGAUGGGCAUUAACGGGUCGAUGAGGAGUGUGUUUGGAGCCGUGUUCCCACUUUUUGCGAAUCAGAUGGUGGGUGCGCUGGGGGUUGCGAAGACGACGACUGUUUUGGCGGCUGUUAGUGUCAUGUUGGUUCCUGUACCGGUUUGCUUUUGGUACUGGGGGAGUAGGAUUCGGGCUUGGUCGUCUGCGGAAGUUAUUGGGUCUUAG